AUGGUUGUACAGCGAGUUAAGGUCGGCGGAUUGAAUGUAGAUGAUAUUUCAAGUCAACCAAAGAUUAGCAACCUGGUGAACAUGUACUACGGAGAGUCGCAAAAACUCGCCGAAGCUGUCUUCUCUCUUGCCCAUAAACUCCAGCCCUCCAUUAUUUUUAUCGACGAAAUUGACUCUUUCCUUUCAACUCGUUCAUCACGUGACAACGAGGCCACUCGUAUGAUGAAAACCCAAUUUAUGGCUCUAUGGGAUGGUCUACUCUCUGAGACUGAGAGCCGAAUUCUUGUCAUUGGUGCUACGAACCGACCCUGUGAUUUAGACAGUGCUAUCCUUCGCCGCUUACCCUAUAAAGUUCAAGUUCCUCUGCCAAAUGCAGCGCAGCGACUGCAGAUCCUCAGAAUUCACUUGAAGGACGAGCCUCUUGCAACUUCGGUGAAUGCCGGGUAUCUUCAGGAAUUUGCGAAUCGAGUUGAAGGCCUUUCGGGGAGUGAUUUGUUCGAAAUCUGCCGAGAAGCUGCUCUGCGUGGACUGAAAGAUUGGUUGAAUGCUGUGGAGGCUGGUGGGGUACUUAAUUUGUAA